AUGCCGCCAAAGCGACCGCCGCCGCUGGUGCCAAAGAAGCCGAAUCCCAGCAUGAACUACGAGGUGCUAAUCUACUUGAACAGCUUCUACUUUGGCAUGUUCGCCUGCUGCGAAAUGGCCAUGGGAUUGCUGAAGGCAAUCAAUCUGAGCUAUACGGGUCACACGCUCGCUCAGGAUUCGGCGGUGAUGAUAAGCUUUAUUGUGGUGGAGACGUUUCGUUUAAUAAUGGGGCGCAAGGGGACGCUGGCCGAGCGAGGCUGGUCUGCCAUACUGUCGGUCUUUCUGACCGCUCCCUGCUUUCUGGGCGUCUCGUAUCUGCUGCUGCUGCAGACCUACAGGCUGCGUCUGGAAUACUGCCUUUGUACGCUGCAGAUCGCACUCUACCUGACCGAGGUGUGGUACGCCAUAGUCUUCGUAUUUUCAAUGUGUCGUCCAGUAACUUAUGAUUAGUAACAUACAAGCAACAGCCCCAAGACGAGACAUUUACACAGUACUGCAUAUAUAUGUACUUAACAAAAAAAAAAAUAAUAACACAGAUUAGCAAUAUACAAACAGAUGAAUUGAAUUAUGAGACAUGAGAAAUGAGAUGGUCCGCAAGCCAACAUAUAUACAUAUACAUAUAUAACAUAUAACAUAUAGCAUAUAGUAUAUACAUCUCUACUUGUGUAUAGUAAGGUUGAUGAUAGCAUACAUAUAUGUGUAUAUAUAUAUACAUAUACAUUUACUUAAAACGGUUUUAUAUACGAGAAUAAUUGUUAACAUUUAAGCAUCAAUUGGAACCAAUACAACAAGACAGCCAAAAAGCUCGAACUUGAUUCAUUUUCACAUUUGUAAGACAAUGUUUUUUGUACACAUAAGAAAUGUGCCCAUACGCCCAGGAGAAUUCAAACUUAAUAUGUAAAAAUUACAUAAAUUAAAAACUCGAGCCCUUAGGCAUAUUAGUAAAUAAUUAAAAAAAAAAAAUCCCAAUGGAAAACAUGUUAUUGCCUAGUGAAGAAAACCAUGUAAAUUCUGCAACAAGUUUACCCAACAAUAAUACAAAGAAUAGUUAAUACUUAAAGAAAAACCGUAACAAAUACAAUUAAAAUAGAAAAUUUCAAAACUGGCCCACGACAAGUUCAAAAGGCAAUGUGUGUACUUUAAAGAACUACUUUAUAUAAAUCUAGUGAAAACCAUUGUAAAUCAAUGUAUAAGUAGAUGAGAAUUGAAACUUAGAUGAGCCAUUUAACAACAAUUUACAAAAUGUUUCCCCAACCUCGAAAUCCAUUUGAACUCAUUGCAUCUCAUAAAAGUCUGCACACCAAAUGCUAGUCAAUCUGUUUCUCAAGAUCGUUGGGUCAACUUUGUGGUUGCUUCACGAUUAACUCCUUCUAGUCAGAACAAAAUCUCAUGCUAUUUAUUGGUGCAUCGCGAACCCAUUAAAUCAAAACCAUUUAAAAGUAGUAAGACACACCUAAACUAAUCUUAUGUUGGCAACUUUAAUUGUAUAAUACUUAUAUAUAUAUAAUUUCUGUUAAAAUGCAAAAUGUUAAAUCAAUUUUUAAAAUGCGAUAGUCGAACAACCAAAGAUAUAACACAAUUUAGUUAUAACGAAAGAAAAUUAAAAACAACAAAAACACAUUUUAUGACGAAUUAUAUACACUUGAUGAAAAAUAACAAUUAAAGAACAAGAAAACAG